CUCAUCAUGUUGGCUUUAUCUCCUCCUCUGUUUUCAACAAUUGGAUGGCCUUUGGAGGAUCAUCCCAUAAGUCAUGACCACAACAAUUAUUUCUCAGCAGAAUCAUCGCUUCCUCAUUUUCCUACAACUCUGCAGCCACAGUUUGAUCAGCUUGAUCACUCUACUGCAAUCAACGGCGAGUCCAACAUUUCUUCAGUGGAUAAGAAGCUUAACCACAAUGCUAGUGAGCGUGACCGCCACAAGAAGAUCAACAACUUGUACUCAUCACUACGUUCACUCGUUCCCGCAGAUCAUGCGAAAAGAUUAAGCAUUCCAGACACAGUUUCGCGGGUGCUGAAAUACAUUCCAGAGCUCCAGCAGCAAGUGGAGGGACUAAUUCAAAAAAGAGAUGAGCUUUUAUCGAAAAUUUCUACGCAAGAAAAUGUAAUAUUACAAGAGGAAAAGAAAGUAAAAAGCACAGCUUGGAGGAGUCGGAGCUCAUUAUCUGCUGUUUCAACAACUCGUCUUAGUGAUGGUGAAGUUGCAAUUCAAAUAUCCACAAUUAAGUCCUCCCACAAUUUCGUAUCUCGGAUUUUGCAGAGUCUGGAGGAGGAUGGGCUUGAAAUACUAAAUGCUUCUUCCUUUGAGUCCUCUAGAGGGAGGGUCUUCUAUAAUUUACAUCUCCAGGUAGAUAUGUUCUAUAGGUUGGAAUGCGAGAAUUUAAGCGAGAGGCUGUCCUUCUAUGCAUGA